AUGAAGGAGGAGAUCGCCGCCGCCGUCUUCUUCGUGGCCCGGCUGGUCAAGAGAUACGGCUCUCUGGAGAAGGACGGCCGGGAGCGCUUCGCCACCGCGCUCACCUCCGUCCUGUUCGAGAAAUACAAGAACCACUGGCACCAGGACAGCCCCAGCAGGGGCCAGGCCUUCAGGUGUCUGCGGAUGAACCAGGUGCUUCCCCAGGAUCCGGUCCUGCAGCAGGCCUGCGAGCGCGGCGCGGUCCUGUACGAGGACCUGGGUCUUCCUCGGGAGCUGACGGUCUGGGUGGACCCCGGGAAGGUGUCCUGCAGGUACGGCGAACACGGCGCGCCGUUCUGCGUCUCCACGGUGGACUGCUGUCGCCGUGGAGACGGGGAGUUUUCCCGCCGCGUCCACGACGCCGUGGAGAGGGCGAGUCUGGACGUCCCGUCGGAGAGCUCCGACGAGGACCAGGACGAGGAGGGCGAGGACGACGACCUGGGCGGCGGUCCGGGGUGUCCUGCAGCCGCCAGCCUCAAGGCCAAGACCAUCCCCACCGUCAUCAACCCCAACAGCGUCUACCGGUUCAGCGAGUUCUCGUCGGGCGCCCCUCAGACCUGGCUCAGGGACAAGUGGAAGCCCUUUCCCGGGGACGGGUUCCCUCCUCACCCUGCUCCGCUUCCCGGAGGUGCGGCGGCCCACCAGUUCCCCCCCCAGAAGGCCUUCAAACCCUACCGGGCCACGUUCACCUUCACCGGGCCGCGGGUCGACAAGUACCACUGGGUCAGCAAGUCCCGGUCCUGA